AUGAGGAGAUUAGUAGGUGGUUCACCUUUUACAAUGAGAAUAUUAUGGUGUAUUUUAGUAUUAUCAGUAGCAUCUGUAGUUUGUAUAUAUCUAUUUAUUUCGACGACAAACGAUAGUCAGGAAAAAGAGAAAUCUCUAUUCGUACACAAUCAUAAUGAUCAUCUCAAUGGUCUACCUCAAAAAUUUAUUAAAAACAAUCAUCUACCAAAUAUAGUUGUCGAUCCAACACCAUCAGCAUCAUCUAAACCAAAUAGUAAAAAUUUGAACUUUCCAAAGAUUAUAAUUGAUACGGGUGGUCCAACAAAUGAGAUUAUUCUAACAACUCCUACAAACACCAAACAUCAUGAUAAAGAUCAACAAAACAAUGAUACUCAUCCAACAACUAAAGUAAAAAAAGAAUCAAUCAAUACACUUUCACAACAUUCUACAAAUAAAAAUUUAACUUCAAAGACUGUAGAAUCAAAUAUUUCAUCUUCUAGAUCGAAUAAUCAUAAUCAAACUCAACUACCACCACCACCAACAACUAAAAAACCAGAAAUUCCGACCAUUAUAUUUGCACCUGGACAAAGAUAUGAAGAUACUAUCGAUGUAUUCAAUCAAACAGAACCUUCUCUUAAAUAUACAUUACAAUGUGAAUAUAUAGAUAUAGUUUAUACAUGGGUGAAUGGUACCGAUCCAAAUAAUAUCCUAGGAAGAACAAAGAGAGAAGAACAGAAAAAGAUUAAACCUUUAGCAAUGAAUAGAGUUAGAGAUCUGAUGGGAUUGAAAUACUCAUUGAGAAGUAUCAAGAAACAUGUUCCAUGGGUUAGAAAAGUAUUUGUAGUCACUGAUAGUCAGUAUCCCUAUUGGUUCAACACGUCAAACAAAGAGAUAGAGUUUAUUUUCCACAAGGAUUUCUUUAAGAAUACAUCACACAUUCCUACUUUCAACUCGAAUGGUAUAGAGUGGAAUUUCCACAAUCUACCAAACUCUGUUUCCGAUUGUUUUCUAUAUUUCAAUGACGAUACAUUUGUAGGAAAUAAUUUACCAAUUGAAACUAUUUGGAAUAAAGAUAAAGGACAAGCAUUAUAUUUCACAUCUUGGAAAGCACCACAAGAAGAUACUAGUAUGAUAAAAACUAGUUCAUGGCAUUUUAUUUGGGGAAAUGCAACACGUCCCUAUCAUAGUCAUACCAUUAUGUUUUACAAUAAACAGCUGUUAAAGCUAAUAGAGCGAACAUUCCCAAAGCAAAUAGAAGCAACAUCAAACGAACCAUUUAGAACGGGUGACAAUGUUAAUAUGGGCUUUAUUUAUUCACAAUUCGCUCAACGAUACUAUAAUACCGUACAACCAAAGAGAUACGACUAUUACUAUGCACUGGUUGACGAUGCAGACAAAGUUAGAAAAGCAAUGGAGAGAAUUCUAAAGGAUAGACCAAACACUGUUUGUCUCAACGAUGAAUUCGGAGCAAUACCCAACCCCGCUGCACUAUCAAUAUUAAAACAGACCUAUGAAGCUUUAUUACCUGAGAAACCAUCUUGGGAAUUGGAUAUAGAAUAG